CCGUCACAGUGGUUCUGUGUCGUUGGGCUGGGAGGGACAAGGCACUGGGGCUGUCUCCUUGCACGGUGUGGGAAUGUGUAAAUAUGGGAGCUGGUAGAUGCUAGUCAGACAUUGAGGGGCUCAGAGUAUGGAGUGAGCAAGCUGGAGGGGUUUGUGGCUUGGCCCUGACCAGAAAACCUGAAGGAGACCGGAGGGGAGCCGGAGUUCAGGGCCGCCUCUCACUUUGCUUUUCCAGCUAUCCAGCUUAGGAGCGGGCAUUGGGACUACUGUCAAGUGCUGGUUAUGAUCUUGGUGGGGGCGGGGGGUUGGCCCUCCCUUUAUGAGGGGAGGUUUGGUUUGCUAGGACCAUCAUCAGUAGUCUUUAGCCCCUUUAGUCCCAUCUAGUGUUUGCUUGGAUGAAGUCAGGUGAUAGAUUUGAGGUAUUUGCUCAGGUGGGGAGCCAGGUGAGCACUCCAGGUCACCAGCGCUAGUUCUGAGUCCUCAGGAUUACUCUGUGGCAGAAAAAUACCCACCCCUAUUGGCUUUUGAAAACCUGUCAAUCUGUUCUGCUUGGAGCAGGCAAAAGGCCAGGUCAGGGCCACAAGCAGCUUGUCCCAAGCGGGUGAGGUUGUACUUGCCCAGAGGGGUGGCAGGCUUGGCUGUUGGAGGGGCAGCAGGGCUGGUCUGGGCACAGACUGGCAUCUUCCAGCCUAGUCAUGAGCCCAGAGCAGAGCCUGCCCAGACCCCACCCUGUGAGCAGCUGGCUGCUUGCCUGCCACGCGCCCAGGAUUGCUGAGGGCUUUGCUCAUGUAUCUCAGGAACAGCUGCAUGCCGGAAACUGGGGGCUGGCUGCAAGCGGGAGGGACACCCGGGGGUUGUGUGGGAAGGCUGAGCCCCAACAGCUCUGGUAGGGUCCACUCACUGUGCUGGAGGACUGUUCUGCUGUUCACUGACAGUCAGGUGGAGAGGGGCCCCUGCUGAGUCACCUGGUUACAGGGCCAGGCCUUGCAGGGCGGUAGUUUGUGUGUUUGCACCUUGGUUGGAGGUAGAGCCUGGAUUUCAAGGGCUUGAGGUGCAGCUUCCUCCAUGCUUGCAGAGUUCAGAGACUACAUACCGCUGAGGACAGUAGCUUUCAGCUGAGGGCAAUUCCCACGGAAGAGGCACUGGUCCCAGUGUGAUCAGACAUUCAUUUUUUUUAACAGUUGCUUAGGGGCUUAAGAAAGGGCCUGUAUUUAUUUUUAUUGUUUAUAUCUUGCUGGGUUUCAAGAGAAUUAAGGCAGCAUAUAGCACAGCUGGGGUAUUCUGAAGACGGGCUGGUUUUCCUGUCACUUCAAAAGCAGUAGUGAUUGCUGACUCUGAGUUUUCUUGAGUGCAUUAUGAAGCGCUUUAAUGAUUUUGGUGGUAAUGUAUUGGCCCUUCAUGAUUGAGAAGAUUGGGUUCAUUGACCCCUCAAGUGCCCCACUUGCCUGAAUUAGUGACAGCUGUGAGCAGAAAGGCACAUCAUUAGGAUGGGAAAUGGCCUGAGCCCAGGUAAACUGUUGGUGCUGUGCUUUCCUGAAGAGAGCAGGGGUGGUGUGGUGAGCAGGGUGGCAUUCAGACUUUCUAGGGCAGGGCAGUGGAAUGAAGUGGUAGAGCAGAACUUGGAAGCUAGAGGAGAUAUCCCAUGGGGGAAGGCAGAAGUUUAAAAAGCCAAAAAACCACACCCAUUUUGGAUUUAGUCCAGUUUCCCUCUGCUGGGCCAGUGUUGAGGAGGUGGCCUCUGAACCCUCAGAGGGAUGCUUGGACUGCCCUUCCUCUCCUGCACCUUUAACUUUGCCCUGCGCCUUGGGCAAACCCACAGAAAAGAUGACAGAAGGAACUGAGAGGGUGUCCUUGGCUCUUGAGCUUGAAUGUUUUUGCUGUUGCUGUGGGUUUGCUGGGAGUAGAAGGAAAGUAGUGGUUUGAAGAGGAUGAGGAUUCUGAAAAGUUUUCUCCUUGUGCUACUCCAUCUCUGGUAACAGUGAUUCCCGACCACAGUGGAAGCCCCUGGUCACGCACACAUGCUUCAUAUCCACAGAAAGGAGCAGUUUCAGAAGCUGUUGGCUAGAGGAGGAAGUGGAGGGGCCGUGGGAUGUGGAGAGCCAAGGGCUAACUCCCGGACGGCGGAACAGAGCGAGCUGCCGACAGACAGACGCAGGUCACGGAGCCCUCACCUCCCAGAAUGACCAGUGCAGCCCCUGCUAAGAAACCCUACCGUAAGGCACCACCCGAACAUCGGGAGCUACGCCUGGAAGUUCCUGGAUCCCAGCUGGAGCAGGAGGAAUCCCUGACUGACGCAGAGAGGAUGAAGCUCUUGCAACAGGAGAAUGAGGAGCUUCGCAGGCGCCUGGCCUUGGCCACCAGGCGCACUGAGGCCCUGGAGCGCGAGCUGGAAAUCGGGCAGGACUGCCUGGAGCUGGAGCUGGGCCAGAGCCGUGAGGAGCUGGACAAAUUUAAGGACAAGUUCCGUAGGCUGCAGAACAGCUACACCGCUUCCCAGAGGACCAACCAGGAGCUGGAGGACAAGCUGCACACGCUGGCCUCUCUUAGCCACAGCUGGAUUUUCGCAAUCAAGAAGGCUGAGAUGGACAGGAAGACACUGGACUGGGAGAUUGUAGAGCUGACCAACAAGCUGCUGGAUGCCAAGAACACCAUCAAUAAGCUGGAGGAGCUCAAUGAACGGUACCGGUUGGACUGCAACCUGGCUGUGCAGCUCCUCAAGUGCAACAAAUCCCACUUCCGUAACCACAAGUUUGCUGAUCUGCCCUGCGAGCUACAGGACAUGGUUCGGAAACAUCUGCAUAGUGAGCAAGAGGCCACCAGCCCAGGCCCUGCCCCCUGCCUGGCAUCAGGGGCUGUGGUACCCACCUCGGUCAUUGCCCGGGUGUUGGAGAAGCCAGAGUCUUUACUGCUCAAUUCGGCCCAGUCGGGCAAUGCCGGGCACCCCUUGGCUGAGGAUGUCUUUGUGCACGUAGACAUGAGUGGGGGUGCCCCAGGUGACCCAGCCAGCCUCCCAGCCCCUGGCAGUCCCACCCCCCAACCCAAUGGGGAGUGCCACUCUCUGAGUGCUGCUGGGGGCUCCCCAGAGGAUGACCUGCCUCUGCCAGCCUGGGAGAAGCUGAGCCCCUACCCCACCCCGUCUCCACCACACCCUCUGUAUCCUGGCCGAAAGGUCAUCGAGUUCUCUGAGGAUAAAGUGCGAAUCCCCCGCAACAGCCCCCUGCCCAACUGCACUUAUGCCACCCGCCAGGCCAUUUCCCUGAGCCUGGUGGAGGAGGGGAGUGAGCGAGCCCGACCCAGCCCAGCGCCCAGCAGCCCUGCCUCUGCCCAGGCCUCCCCGCAUCACCGGCCCGGCCCGGCCCCCCUGACACUCAGUGCUCCUGUCAGCUCUGCCAGCUCUGAAGAGGACCUACUGGCCAGUUGGCAGCGAGCAUUUGUGGACCGCAUUCCGCCACCGGCCACUGCGGCCCAGCGCACAGCCUUUGGACAUGAUGAACUGCCGGAGCUGCAGCACCAUUUUGCUCUUAACUCCACGGACAGAGACGAGGAGGUUCAGGUACCUUCCUCCCCAUCCUGUGAGAGUGGGCUUCUGCUGCCAACAGAACCUGACUCUGGCCUGCCCAGGGAGGAAGAAGAGGAAGAGCUGAACCUGCCUGUCAGCCCCGAGGAAGAACAACAGAGCCUGCUGCCCAGUGAUAGCAGCACAGACAAAGGGCCUGGUACUUCCCACACUGAGGGCAGGAGCUGGGCACUCCCCGGCUCCAGUCGCCCCCAGCGCAGCCCCAAGAGGAUGGGGGUACACCACCUGCACCGUAAGGACAGCCUGACCCAGGCCCAGGAGCAGGGCAACCUGCUCAACUAGCGCUCCUGCCUGCCUUCCUGCCACUGCUGCACUGGGACUGCGGGGGGCCUGUACCCUUGUGGCUCGAGGUCCCCUACCCAGCCCAGGCCCUUGAACUUCCCUCCCUCUAGGCCUACACAGCUCUGUUCCUGGUGCGGUUGGGUCAGGCGGUGGGUCACACCAGGCCUUCCAGCUGCAUUGACUGACUGCCACCAACUUGCCUCAUGGGUUUUCCCCCUUAAGAUAUUUAUUCUCCAAAGGUAACAUGCAGCUGGGCUCAAGACCUUUCUUCAAAUCAGUCCAGCCCCAGUUGGGCUUCUGGGGAGCUGAGGGUUCAUCACAUUGGUGUUUGUCCUCCAUCAUCCUUCCAUAGCCAUUGGGGGUUUUGUGGGGAGGGGAGGGGGUGUCUUUGGGAUUAGUAACCUCUAAUUUCUGUUUUCAAUUAACCUUUCUGUUUUCUGUUUCCCCCCUCCCCAAACCCUCUGCACAAGCUGUUGCCUUCAGGGGGCCUGGCCCAGCAGGCCCUCCAGGGAGAGGGAGAGGGCUGACUCAGGGCUCUCUUCAGCUGUCUCUUCCUCUGGAAGCAAGUAUGGGGUGGGACUCGGGGCCUCAGGCUGGGCUCCAGGUGAGGCCUGGCCCCCCUCCCAACCUUGGCUCUAGACUGUUACUCCCAGCCUUGGGAAAUUUUCACAUUGAUGACUAUUUUAAAAUUAAAUAAAACUAUUUUACUGGUAUGGA